AUGCUUGUCGCCGUUGUUGUUUUUGUGUGGUUGUGGUGCCUGAGUGCGGGGCGCAUCGCCUCCUUCUCCUUCUCCUUCUCCUUUUCCCUCUUCUCUCCAAGUUUCAGGGUAGCCUGCCGGUGCCACCGCUCAUCAGCUGAGAGAACUGACUUAUUUGCCCACCUUGCGUCCAACCAGCGUCCCCACAUGCUUCGUCGCUUCACUCCCCAAGUGCUUCACGCCAGCCAGUGGCACGUGCAAACGCUGGCGGCGCGUUUCUGCGUCAGCAUCAAAGUCCCCACAAUUGCGGAGUCGAUCAGCUCCGGCAAGGUUGUAGGGUGGACAAAGAAGGUUGGCGACCCCGUCAGCGAGGACGAGGUCAUCUGCCAGAUCGAGUCGGACAAGCUCAACGUGGACGUGCGGGCGCCGACGAGCGGCGUCAUCACGAAGAUCAACUUCGAGGAGGGGGCCGUCGUCGAGGUCGGGGCAGAGCUGUCGACGGUGAAGCCGGGGGAGGUGAAGGUGGCCGAGGAGGCGGCGGCGACAAAGGCGCCGGCCGCUGAGAAGCAGCCGCAACAGCAAGCGCCACAAGCGCCACAAACGCAGCAGCAGCAGCAGGCAGCUCCGCAGCCGCGGUCUGUAGCGGCCCCGGCGGCGGCGGCAGAACCGCGAGAGCCACGUGUUGUGGCCACUACAACUGGCUCCGAUCCACGAGUGCGCAACGUGCGCAUUUCUUCUAUGCGCCAGCGUAUAGCGGACCGUUUGAAGGCGAGUCAGAACACAUGUGCGAUGCUUACGACCUUCAACGAGAUUGACAUGACGCCCCUCAUUGAGAUGCGUAACCGGUAUAAGGAUGAGUUUUACAAGAAGCACAACGUCAAGUUGGGUUUCAUGUCUCCCUUUGUGAAGGCUUGCGCCAUUGCCCUGCAGGACAUACCGAUUGUAAAUGCCUCCUUUGGCCCCGAAUUUAUUGAGUACCACGACUUUGUCGACAUCAGCAUCGCAGUGUCGACGCCGCGGGGCCUCGUGGUUCCCGUGCUGCGGGAUGUACAGAAGUCCGACUUUGCCCAGAUUGAGAAGCAGAUCGUCGACCUUGGGGAGCGGGCGAAGGUGAACAAGCUCACCCUGGCCGAGAUGACGGGCGGCACCUUCACCGUCAGCAACGGCGGCGUGUUUGGCUCGUGGAUGGGGACGCCCAUCAUCAACCCCCCGCAGAGCGCCAUUCUCGGCAUGCACGCGACGAAGCGGAAGCCGUGGGUGGUGGGGAACGAGAUUAAGAUCCGCGACGUCAUGGCCGUCGCGCUGACGUACGACCACCGCGUCAUCGACGGCAGCGACGCGGUGCGGUUCCUCGUGAAGGUGAAGAACCUCAUUGAGGACCCCACGCGCAUGGUGCUCGACCUCGCCUAG